AUGUUUGAGAGUCCAUCCUACGAUCCUCAGAGUCCACCCAACAUGUCUGAGAGUCCAUCACAUAAUCCGCAGAGUCCAUUGCAUAAUCCCGAGUCCAAUUUACAAUCCUCAGAGUCCAUCCAACAAUCCUCGGAGUCCAAUUUUCCUUCCUAUAAUCCCCAGAGUCCACCCUACAAUCCUAAGAGUCCAUCCCAUAAUCCUCAGAGUCCACCCUACAAUCCCCAGAGUCCAUCCUAUGAUUCUCAGAGUCCAAUUUACAAUCCCCAGAGUCCACCCUACAAUCCUCAGAGUCCAUCCUAUAAUCCUCAGAGUCCACCCUACAAUCCUCGGAGUCCACCCUACAAUCCUCGAGUCCACCCUGCAAUCCUCAGAGUCAAUUUACAAUCAUCAGUCCACCCAACAAUCCCCGAGUCCAUCUACCACAAUCCUCAGAGUCCACCUACAAUCCUCAGAGUCCACCUCAAUCCUCAAGUGCAAUCCUCCGAGUCCACCCAACAAUCAUCAGAGUCAACCAACAAUCCUCAAGUCAACCAACAGUCCUCAGAGUCACCACAACAAUCCUCAGAGUCCAACCAAGCAAUCCCAGAGUCCACCCAACAAUCCUCAGAGUCCACCCAACAAUCCUCAGAGUCCACCCAACAAUCCACAGAGUCCACCCAACAAUCCUCAGAGUCCAUCCUACAAAGUCCACACAACAAUCCUCAGAGUCCACCCUACAAUCCACCGAGUUCACCCUACAAUCCUCAGAGUCCACCCAACAAUCCCCAGAGUCCAACCAACAAUCCUCAGAGUCCACCCUACAAUCCUCAGAGUCCACCCUACAAUCCUCAGAGUCCACCCUACAAGCCUCAGAGUCCACCCAACAAUCCCCAGAGUCCAACCAACAAUCCUCAGAGUCCACCUAACAAUCCUCAGAGUCCAUCUUGCAAAUAUGAGAGUCCACCCUAUAAUUCCCAGAAUCCAUCCAGUAAUCCUCAGACUCCAUCGUACAAUCCUCAGAGUCCAUCCUGUGAUCCUCUGAGUCGAAUUUACAAUCCUCAGAGUCUAUCCUAUAAUCCCCAGAGUCCAAUUUACAAUCCUCAGAGUCCACCUAACAAUCCUCAAAAUCCAUCCUACAAUCCUCAGAGUCCAUCCUAUAAUCCCCAGAGUCCGCCCUAUAAUCCUCAGUGUCCAUCCUAUAAUCAUCAGAGUCCAAUUUACAAUCCUCAGAGUCCACCCAACAAUCCUCAGAGUCCAGCCAUCAAUCCUCAGAGUCCAGCCAACAAUCCUCAGAGUCCAGCCAACAAUCCUCAGAGUUCACCCAACAAUCCUCAGAGUCCACCCAACAAUCCCCAGAGUCCAAUCAACAAUCCCCAGAGUCCACCCAAGAAACCUCAGAGUCCACCCAACAAUCCUCAGAGUCCACCCAACAAUCGUCAGAGUCCACCCAAAAAUCGUCAGAGUCCACCCAACAAUCGUCAGAGUCCAACCAACAAUCCUCAGAGUCCACCUAACAAUCCUCAGAGUCCAUCUUGCAAAUAUGAGAGUCCACCCUAUAAUUCCCAGAAUCCAUCCACUAAUCCUCAGACUCCAUCGUACAAUCCUCAGAGUCCACCCUACAUUACCCAGAGUCCAUCCUGUGAUCCUCUGAGUCGAAUUUACAAUCCUCAGAGUCUAUCCUAUAAUCCCCAGAGUCCAAUUUACAAUCCUCAGAGUCCACCUAACAAUCCUCAAAAUCCAUCCUACAAUCCUCAGAGUCCAUCCUAUAAUCCCCAGAGUCCGCCCUAUAAUCCUCAGAGUCCAUCCUAUAAUCAUCAGAGUGCAAUUUACAAUCCUCAGAGUCCACCUAACAAUCCUCAAAAUCCACCCUACAAUCCUCAGAGUCCAACCUAUAAUCCCCAGAGUCCGCCCUAUAAUCCCCAGAGUCCAUCCUACAAUCCUGAGUCUAUCAUACAAUCCCCAGAGUCCAUCCUAUAA